UGAGCAGGUUGCUUUUUGUAUGGCUUCCACCACGAAAGAGAGAAACUGAUUCCCUUUGUUUACAGUGUAUUUCAUCCUCCAGUGAUAAUAUCGCCGUCAGCUCGUGUGAUUUUCGCCAAAACCUGCAAAUGUUGACGUGUAUUUCAUGGCGCCAUUAUUCUACAUCCAUGUCCGUUCAUCUGUGGUGAAUUAGCUUAUCUAACCAUAAGCAGAAUCUGACUCAUGUGCACUGAAUAAUGUGACGGGAUCCUCUGUAACGUUAAAGCUUCAGUUCGGUGUGUGUGAGGAUGUUCUGUGUGGAAACUGUCGAGUAAAGGGUGUGAUGGACUUUUGAAUCAUUCAGCAUGUCCCACUCGUCCAAGCCUCGAUCUCACCCUUGCGGCCUGUGUGACAAAUCUUUUACCCAGAUCUCCAUGCUCACUAAACACAAGCGAAUGCACACCGAAGACAAGCCCUACAAAUGCCCCUACUGUGACAAAUCUUUCUCUCUUUCUUCUCGCCUGGUCCUGCAUAAACGCAGCCACGCCGGGGAGAAGCCUCACACCUGCCGGCUUUGCUCCAAGACCUUCAUCUCUUCGUCCCACCUCUCCCUGCACAUGCGAUCGCACUCCGGAGAGAGGAAGUACAAAUGCAGCGUGUGCUCCAAAAUGUUCAUGCAGUCGUCCCAACUUCUGCGCCACAAGACCAUCCACACCGGCGAGAAACCCUUCAAGUGCCCCGACUGCAACAAGAGCUUUGGCCGUGCCUCACACCUGAAGACCCAUCGCAGGCUCCACACCGGCGAGAAGCCCUUCAAAUGCACACAGUGCGACAGGGCUUUCACGCAAAAGGCCGGGCUUGUUAUCCACCUGCGCUUGCACACGGGCGAGCGCCCUUUCAAGUGUGACAAGUGUGGGAAGGCCUUCCGCACGUCCGCACACCUGCUCAACCAUCAGGCCCUGGAGCUGGGCGAGGGACGGUUCAGGUGUGCCACGUGUCAGAAGGGCUUCCGGUCCAUGUCCAUGUUGAAGCAGCACGAGAAGAGCCACCAGGGCAGCGGGACGCUCUGUUGUGGCGUUUGCUCCGGGACCUUCGCUCAGUCCUCUUAUCUGCAGCUCAACCUGCACUUACACGGCGGAGAGCAGCUCUUCCACUGCAAGGUGUGCAACAAAAUAUUCGUGAAGAUGUCCACCUUUGAGAAACACUGCACAAAACAUCAGAUGGAGAUGGACAAUGAAUGCGAGGACGAGACCGUAAAAGAGGAAGAUCCCCCGUUCGAGCUGCAUUCUGCUGCAUCCCCGACAGCAUCCACAUCAGAGGUCAACACGCGCUCCAAAACAAGAGCCAAAAUCAAGAGUACAAUGGACAACUCUUAAUCGUGGACAUCACUGCACCAUUAAAGAGGACCUAUACACACUUUAAGUCUUGAUUUAGUGUUUCAGGCUCUACUAGAACAGGUUUUCCUGCUUGAAUGUUGAUUAUUCUUUAUUGUUGUGGCUC